UGCAAAUACAUACGUGUGUCCGCGCGGACGACGGCUCGCGCAGCCACUCAGCUGCUCGCAGGGGGAGGAAAAGCGAGCGCAAGGAGCGCCGCGAGCGACGUCGCUCGCAGAGAGCGAAUCUGCGCCGUUCAUGAGCGCGCAGUGACGCGUGGAUGGUGGCAGCGCAGCGAAAAAUCACCAUCCCUGAUCAUCAUCAUCAUCAGAUCAACCGCCCUCAGCAGCGAUCAUCAGCUCAUCAUCAUGUCCCGAAGGAAGCAGAGCAAUCCCCGGCAAAUCAAACGUCCCCUGGAUGAUAGCCUGGGUGAUGAGGAGGAACGCCUGUCUGAAGGAAAAGAUCAACGAACCACCGAGAACCUCAACCCUGAGAAGACCUUCUAUGUGGACACUAAGCACAACAGUGAGAGCAUGAACUACUCGUGCAGCAAAGAUGAAGCAGAAGGCCUUCAGGAGCUGGGGGAACUUGAGGACAGUGAGCAGAAGAAGAACCAGUGUGAACCCGAGGACUGGGAUGGUCCGAGAGAGCUCGAGGUCCUCCUGAAAGACGGAGAGCGGCAGAUCCACAGCCGACAAGCACUCCCAGUGGGCACGACAUGGGGGCCUUUCGAGGGGAAGAUGGAGGUGAGCCCAGACGGAGGGGCCGUGAAGACAUCUGUUCCGGUGGCAUUGUGUUCUGGUUCACGGUGGCUGCUGGAUGUCACCUGGCUGGGUGUGGAGGACAACAAGAACAACUGCAUCAUCUACAGCAAAAGUGGACAGUUGUGGUGCACCACCACAAAGCCUGUGCUGCAGGGUGAGGAGCUCAUAGCAUUUGCAGUAGACCUGGACUCCCAGGGACCAGUGGUGAACCAGGUGACCACAGUGGAUGGAGUUUACCCUGCAAGGCUGCUGGACUCCAUACAGCUGCUUCCCCAGCAGGCUGCCAUAGCCUCCAUCCUGCCCAGCACCACUGUCAACAAAGACAUCUUCCCCUGCAAGGCAUGUGGCAUCUGGUACCGCAGUGAGCGAAACCUGCAGGCCCACCUAAUGUACUACUGCAGCGGGCGGCAGCGAGACCACUCAGCAGGGGCUGAUGAUAUUGAGGGUGGCUCUCUCCGUACAGCCAACGUUUGCCCCUUCCCACAAUGCAACAAGAGGUGUGUGGGAGUGAGGGGCUUAGAGGUGCACCUCUCCACACACAGUGGUGUCAAACUGGAAACUGCAAUCCCCCCUGGUUCAAACCUGAAAUGCACAAUCUGUAACUACAUGGCAGAAUCCCUCAUCACAUUCCAGCACCAUGUCCUCUCUCACCUGUCACAGGCGGCCUUCCGAUGCAAUCACUGCCAUAUCAGCUUUCAGAACCACAGGGAGUUCCUGCAGCACCAGGACUUCCACCGGCUCAGUAGCGGGAAGCUUCACAGGGGUGCUGAUAGUGAGCUUUCCCCGGGGACCCAUGAGGAGUGCUACAAGCAAAUGAGUGCUGAGCCAACACUCAAGCAAGAUACCCUCCAGAGUCCCAAGAGGGUCCAGAGUGAAGAGAUCUGCAUCAGUACUGAGCUGGAAAAGAGUGAGAAAAAGCCUGUACUCUGCACGCCAAAGGGGGAGGCCAACCUAGGCAGUAAAUCCAGCUUUUCCUACAGCAGAGUAAAAUCCGAGCCAUCCAGCCCCCGGCUCGCAUCCUCACCCGUCCAGCACCAUGUAGGGCCUACGUUUUCCAUGGGGCCUUUCCUCUCCCACUUUGCUUUUUCUCAAGAUCUUUCCAUGGCGCCGCAGGCUUCUGAGAUACUAGCUAAGAUGUCAGAGCUGGUGCAUCGCAGACUGCGACAUGGGAGGAAUAGCUAUUCUCCAAUGGUUUACAGCCCCCUCAUGCCCAAAGGGGCAACUUGCUUUGAGUGCAAUAUCACUUUUAAUAAUUUGGACAACUACUUAGUCCACAAAAAGCAUUAUUGCAGUAGCCGCUGGCAGCACUUAGCUAAAUCGCAUGACUAUUCCAGCAUCUCAGACAAGCUAACAGAGACUGUAACCCCAGACAGCAGACACAGUUCAGUCAGUAUGCUGAGCCCUGUCCACGUCUCAGAAGCUGAGGGCCAUCUUCUGCAGUCUGCUUGUUUGAACCCCUCUCUUCUUGACAUGGUUAAUGCAACUGGCAAAAUACCUGAAAUCUCAGGGCAGGUUAAGAAAGCCACCACACCUCCUGGUGCAGAAGAGAGUCCAAACAGUCAGCAGAGUGAAUUGAAGAGUCCAAAUUUUUCUUCCGCAGAGAAUGACAAUGACCCAUCAAAGACAACUUGUGAGGCCUGUAAGAUAACCUUCAGUCGUCACGAGACAUACAUGGUUCACAAGCAGUAUUACUGUGCCACUCGGCAUGACCCUCAAGCAAAACGCGCAUCUGCAAACAAAUUACCUGCUGCGCACAGGAUAAUGAGGUCACGCAAGCGCAGAAAAGUGUAUGAACUGAGUCUUUCUGAUCAAGACUCCAGGCCUUCUGUUGGGCAGCCUGGUCUCUUUGGGCUACCAACUCUUGGGAGCCCAUGCACUUCGCAAGAAGCAGUAGAAAAUCUGGGAGAAAGGUUUUUUCCAAGAUGCAAUAUGUUUCCUGCACUGGCCCCAAAACAUUUUGAGGCUUCACUUACAGCUGCAAAACUGGUCCAUGCAUCCAAGUGCCACACAACAAAUCACCAAGAAACAGAUACACCCAUUGAUCUCAGCAAAAAAUGUUCCCCACAUUCAGACAAAGCAGGCAGUUCUCCAAAAAGCCUCUUGGACUAUCAUGAAUGUACAGUGUGCAAAAUUAGCUUCAACAAAGUAGAGAACUAUCUUGCACACAAACAGAAUUUCUGUCCCAUGACUGGGGCCCAACAGGAUGAGUUUGAUAGUCUGGAGAAGACAGUGUUACCAGAUGGCAACAAUUUUGCAAAUAUCAUAGACAAGAGUCUAGCAAAAUGUGACAAAAAUGGAAGCUGUAGACUGAUCACCCAAAACGGUAACAUUGACCCCCCCCAUAUAGAGAACCUGCCAGAUGUUCAGACUCAAGCUGAUAUUCAGUACCUUCCGAAAGAAGAAAGCAAGAAUUUGUUCCUGUCCCACUGCUUUUAUCCCAGGGAAACUAAGAAGGCCAAUACACCUGAGCAAGUCUCACCUUUCUAUGGUGUAAAACCUACCGACUUUGUUAAUGGGGGUUUGGUCACACCAGAUGAAUCGAAUGAACAGAAGCAGAGUCCAAAUGAAGGGAGUGAAGGGGGGAAAGGCCAGCCAGCACCUAAUGGGUUUUCUCACUCGAGUGAUGUGCCUCUGUCUCUGCUGUUGAAGAGCAGCACAGUGGCUGCAGGCAUGAAUGAAAACCACAGGCCUGAAGACACAUCCUUGGGUUCUGCUCCCUCACCGCCAGAGAGACAACUUCACAACUCCCAGCCACCAGAGAGCCACCCGUCACCCACCUGGGCUCCUGAGAGUCCCAGUGACCCCCAUGGACCACCCUUGCAAAAGUUACGGACUGAGAAGGCUGCACCCAUUGUUGCAAAAGGCCUGAACGGGACAAUCCCAGCCACAGGAGGCAAAUACUGUCAUCUAUGUGAUAUUCAGUUUAACAGUUUGUCAAACUUCAUUACCCAUAAGAAGUUCUACUGCUCAUUCCACUCAGCAGAACACAUCAAAUGAAGUGUUACCCUCUACUCCUGGACUGUGCCACUUUUGUAUAUGCUGCUGAUGGACAAUCAAGGGAAUUCUCUUCCUGACUUAAGACUACAAUGCACAGCAGUGGUAAAAAUCAACUAAUGUUGGUGUUAUUCCACUUAUUAAUGUAAAAAUUAGUACAGGUUGUCCCCGAUUUACGAUGGUUCGACUUGCGAUUUUCUCAACUUUAUAAUAGUGAACUAGCGAUAGACAUUUAGUAGAAACUGUGCUUCAGAUUUAGAAUUUUGAUUUUUUCCUGGCCAAAUGAUACGCGGAGUGAAACUCUCUCAUGAUGCUGGGCAGCGACAGCGAUCCGCAUCUCCCAUUCUGU